AUGUGCGGAGCGUCACUCGUUUCAAAGCCUACUCCCGUUCUCACAUCGACCCCUGCGCUGGACAAUGACAGAACCGAUUCCCCGGGACCCAUGCUUGAAAAUCAUAAUCCAAAUGGGCCUAUCAACUUGGAGGCGCCGGAAGGAGUGAAGAUAUCAUUUCGCGGUGGCGGAGAGAAGAUAUUCUACGAACGGUUGAAAGGGUCCAUGACGCAGCGGAAAUGGUUGCUGCAAAAUGCUCCUCCUCCGCCAAAAGGACGUCCCCGAGAUGGCAGCAUUUCCGGUGCAGAAGCCGAUACCAGCCAUAGCGAACGCAGGACAAAGACGGCAGGUAUUGCUGGUCUUGAGCAGCUCGGACUGAGCAGGCACAAGAAUAACGAGCUGCUUAUCGGCAGUGCCUUUGAGGACCUCGAAGCUCUUAUGGCGUCUGCGAAAGAGGUCGUUGCGCUUGCAGAAAGGUUCUCUCUGCAAAAGGGCUCCGGCAACGGUAGCUUCUCCGCGGAAGAAAAUGCCAUCCUUGCCGAGUCAGCAAGUCAGCUAGGCCUUGUGACGACAAAGGACAUGGUGGGUAGUAGUGGCGGCUCAGAGUCUCUUUAUCUCUCUGAGCUCGCGCGCAACCUAGCCGAAUUCCUCACCGAUGACACGCGGAGCGUGCUGAAAAAGGCUGGCGGCAUAUUGACUCUGGUUGAUCUGUGGGCCAUGUUCAACCGGGCACGCGGGGGCGUCGAGCUCGUCAGCCCGCUCGACUUUGAAAAGGCCGCCCGGCUGUGGGAGAGCCUGAAGCUGCCAGUGCGCCUCCGCACGUUUCGAAGUGGCGUCAUGGUUGUCCAGGGACGGGACCGCACCGACGAGACGACCAUCAAGGCGUUGCUGACGUGGCUGCAGGACCUGCACGAGUUCCCACCGGAGCGCGAUGUGGCUUGGGACUGGCGCGCGUUUGGCCGCGGCGUCACGGCGCAGGAGGCGGCGGAGCGGUUCGGCUGGAGUCUUGGCGUUGCGGAGGAGGAGCUGCUCAUGGCCGAGGAGCACGGCGCUUUGUGCAGAGAAGAGGGUCUGGAAGGGCUAAAGUUUUGGAAGAAUUACAUUGGAUCAGAGCCGCUUGACGAGGAAGAAGCGGAAGACCCUAUUAUUGCGAAGUUACGAAGCGCCGCAUUGAUAUAG